CCUCUUGCAUUAAAAACUUGAAACAUCACCAAACAAGUCAAAUUGGAGGUUGUGUCACCAGUCAGCUGACUCAACUUGGCGCGUUUUUAAGCUCGGGUGAAAAACAAUCCUAAAAUGCGCAAUUUUGCACAAUUGACCCAAAUAACACUAGUUUUUGCCAAUUAGGACACUUCUUGAGUUGUUUUUUUCGAAAAAAAUAUUUAUAAUUUUCGGGGACGAUUGGUGGGACUGGUUUAGGUGCCAAUCCGAGUCGAAAAACCCCAACUAAUUGACAAGUCGUUUGACACCAAUAAUUAUCGUUGCAGCUGCUGUUCGUUUAUUUCCUUUACAAGGCGGAAUAAGUGUUAAACUAAACAAUUAUCAGUCGUUUUAUGGUUUUUUCCUUGAGUUAAGUGUCUCGUGUGCGUCAUUGUGGCUCGGACGUGACGACUCAACGCUUACGUCACUGUGAAAUGUUCUCCAUUCUCUCGUCGAAUUUCUCCUUAUCAUAUUGUGAGUGUUUCAUGUGAUGAACGAGCUAUGAGCUACUAUGAACUUUGGCAAGAUACGGAGCAGUUCCUUUUGUUUAUGACGACUACGAACCUAGUGCGUAAUCUCUAGUCGAUGCGUGAAGAGAAAUUGCUUGUCUUCUUUUAAUUAUUCGUUAACAUAUGAUUGCAAACAUCGAACGUCGAGUUUCUUCCAACAAUUAGAAGGAAAUUACGGUACCUGAUUUACUUUAGAACAAUGGGUUUGUUGUUUUCCAAACUGUGGAGCUUUUUCGGUAACGAAGAACAUAAAAUAGUAAUAGUUGGACUAGACAAUGCAGGUAAAACGACUAUUCUAUAUCAGUUCUUAAUGAAUGAGGUUGUUCAUACUAGCCCCACAAUUGGUUCAAAUGUUGAGGAAGUUGUUUGGCGUAAUAUUCAUUUUAUAAUGUGGGAUUUAGGGGGUCAACAGUCAUUAAGAGCAGCUUGGAGUACUUAUUAUACAAACACAGAAUUUGUGAUACUAGUAAUAGAUUCAACGGAUAAGGAACGGUUGAGUGUUAUUAGGGAAGAAUUGUACAAAAUGUUGGCGAAUGAAGAACUGUCGAAAGCGGGAGUGCUCAUUUAUGCAAACAAACAGGACGUUAAAGGGUCAAUGAGUGCGUCUGAAAUAUCCAAAGAAUUAGACCUAACUUCAAUUAAACAACAACAAUGGCACAUACAAGCUUGUUGUGCGUUGACAGGCGAGGGACUUUACCAGGGUUUGGAAUGGAUUGUCAGUCGCUUGAAAAAGAAGUGACCGGGUUUUCCGCAAAUUACUGUUAUUUUCUCAUAUUGAGAAAUGCGGUUGUGUAACAUUUCUCAUAAUUCAUGCUUGUGGUAUAAUUAUUCGAAUUUUUAUUAAGGCAUAUUUACACAAAACUUACGUGCCACAAGUAAAUUCUUGUUAAGCCACUAAUAAUAAUAAAUUGAGUAUUUAAGUUUCGGUUUCAUCUUUAUACAUAUGUAACGGCAAACCAUUUUGUAAACUAAUUGUAUUUUUUUUAUAAUCACCAUCUAAUUGUACAGUAACUAUAAGGAGAAUAAAUUUUUCUGUUAA